AUGGCAGCCGUAACACCAAAUAAUGGCAACUGUUUCAGCGGCAGUGGCAACAGCGUCCCAACAAUGACAUCUUGCCGUUCUCCGAGGGGCGCCCACUCACCACAGCGUGCGGAGAGUCCUCCCACGCAAGAUGGUGGCCAGGAGCAGCAUCAGCACAAAGAGGAGCAACAACAGCAUUGGCAGGAGAGGUUACCUGCUACCGACGAGGCGAACAGGGCGCCGCACCAGCGGCACCCGUUGGAAGUGGAGGACUCGGGAGGGGCAACAUCUGUUGCUUCUCUGCGUCCGCUGCCUUCCCGGCAAGGUACGCAGCAGCCCCCUGACCUUCUCCAGCGGAGCCAAGGGUCUCAGGGAGCUUCUAACCUUUCCGGGCGCUCUGCGCUGGCUGCCAAGACCUCGUCUUUGCUGCAGCGAAAGCAACAGUUUUAUAAGACGAAAAUGUGCCCGUGGUUUUCACGAGGCCGCUGUGACAGAGGCCCUAGCUGCCAAUUCGCGCACAACACUAUGGAACUCCGGGCAACUCCAGACCUCCGCAGGACAUCUCUCUGCCCCAGGCUGAAGCAGCUAGGCCGUUGCAUAAACCGAGACUGCUCCUACGCUCACCAGCCUCAAGAACUUAGGGCCACUGGUGAGGUAUACAAGACGGCGCUUUGCGUCAAGUGGCAGUUGGGCCGCUGUGCUGUGGGCAACUUGUGUCGGCAUGCACAUGGACCUGAGGAAAUGCGAGGAGUCGCAGUGACCCAAGUGGGCUCCCAUAAGAAGGAGCUAACAAGUCCAGUUACUGUUGCUAGUUCUUCUGCUUCUGCUUCAUGCGGACUGGGUCGGCUUGCCGAGCUCGCGGAAGGCGAAGUGAGCAGCAGAAGCAGCUUGGGCAGUUCUUCCGGGAACAGCAACAGUAGCGGCAACAGCACUUGCACCUCGUCGCCAGCCCCGUGUCACUCCCCCUUCUCAAUUCCAGGAACAGCUGGAGCCCCAGCGGCGGUACCGGCAGCUGACGGUAUAGCAAAGGAUACGAAACAGCUAAACACGGAUCCCUCAGAGGUCCACCGAAGUCGCCGAAGUGUCGAUGAUGAUGAUCCGCAGGUGAAUCGUGGGCAGCAGCAACAGAAGACGCUUUCCAAUUUCCUCGCAGGGCAUGCAGCAACCCAGGCGGCAGUGGGCGCCUCAUGGGCUUUUGACAGGGGGGCUCUUUGUCCAGAUUAUCCGGCGCAGUCUCCGGGCAUCGCUGGGCGGGAGCAGCAACAGCAACAAGGACGACUUUUGGGGCAGCAUGGCAGAGUUGUGGCGCAGCAGCGCCAUUUGUCGGGACAGAAAGCUGCUCCCCUCGUUCCCGUAAACCGGAAGCUACCAAAGGCUGUGCAGCGACAGCUGAGGCAGCAGCAGCAACAGCAACAGCAACAGCAACAGCAAUUGCUGCUGAUCCACUCACAACGGCAGGGACGGUUCAACCAGAAGGACCUACAGUCGCAGCAACAGCAGACAACAACACAAGGAACGCACAGGCGCAAAACGCUACAGCAGCAGCAGGUGCAGACGGCUCAUCAGAUAUAUUCGUGGAUGCCACGCCCGCAGCGGAUGGCAUGGGAUGGCUUACAACAGCAGCAGCGGCAGCAGCAGCAGCAACAGCAGCUACCACACCAGCCGCUGAGUGGGAACCUUCCACAUCUCCUUCCACAGCAGGCCAGCAUUGCCGAGGACACAAUGCUGCUCUUGCAGCAGCAACAGACGGCUCCUGCGACGCUACAGGAGGCUGUUUGGCAUCAGCAGGAGCAGCAGCACCUGCACCCGCUGACCCAGGACCCUUCGACGGCAUUUGACAGAGCGCUCGGCCUAGAUUCUGCGAACCCUUUGCUCCAGCCACUGCAGCAGCAGCAGCAGAGGGCGUCCAAGGAUGCAUCCUACGGCGCACAGCACCCGCAUCAACAACAGCAACAGCAGUAUCCUGCGUGGGAACCGGAGAGAAUUUUGUCCCUUUGGGAUCAAGCAGACGCGUGCUGGAGCAGCAACAGUGAAAUGCAGCAGCAGCUGCAGCAGCAGCACGAAGGGACAUCUGCAACGCUCACGACUGAUGCGACUUUUGUGGACACUCCCAUAUCGGACAGUUUGCUGCUGCUUCCGCAACAGGGACUUCAGGGUUCCGCCGAUGAGGCGUUGCAGCAGCAGGAAAAGCAGCAUCAGCAUGAGAAUACACUAGACAUCGUUUGUGCGGGAGGAGCGCGAGAGGAUGGAGUUCAGCUGACAUCUGUAGUAUCUGUUGGCGUGGCGGGCGGUAGCCGCCCCGUGCCUUUGAAAGCCCCUGACUGCAGUCGUAUAUUUCAGACGAGCGAGGAAAGCCCUUGUUCAAUUCUUUUUUCUGGUCCCCAAUUGUUUAACGUGGCAGCGGAGGCGGAGUAA